UGUAUAAUUUUGAAAGAAGGCGGUAGAUUAUAAUAUAUCUCAUAAUAUCCUUAGAUUUAUCUAAUUACCUGUUAAAGAUUUUUAUCCUUUCCUGUGUAAAAACACAUCGCUUUUUUUUGAUAAAAUGCUUUGGCAUACAUGAGAUGAUAAAAAUGCCUCAGGAGUUCCAUGUUGUACAGUGUUAUAGUUGUCAGACAUUUCAAGUUCAUCAAGUGAAGAAAACAACAAAAUGGGCCUGCAAGAUGUGUGGAGAAAAACAGUCAUUGAAAAAGGUUUACGGUAGAGGAACCGGUGUCGAGUGUAGACAACAUGUUCAGAGACUGAACACAUUAAGAGCUGACCUUGACCAACAAACAGAAAGGGUACCAUCAUUAUAUGAUAGAACAGAUCCCCAUGAUAACGAAAACAAACAGAUAUAUAGAGGAAGUCAAAACUUUCAUGACUAUGAUCAAGCUGAAGAAUUUUCUCAGCAAAAUAAAGGAACAAAAUGGACAAUGUUUGUAGAGGAGAAUAGCAGUAACACUGUAAAUGAUGAUGAUGAUGAAGGUAGAUUCACCACUGAUGCACAAACAAUCAAGCAAGCUGGGAAAAGGAAAAGGGAGAAGAAUCCUGAUCUUGGUCAGAAACUGAACAAUAAGAGGGGAAAAUUCACAAAUUUUAUUGAUGAUGAUGACCCAAGUGAUUACCAAAAUUCUGAUAUGGACAGGAUAGCAGCUGAAGAUUCUCUUUUAGAAAAGUAUGAAAACAGGUCCAUGUUUAGUGGAAGGGAAAUUGAGUACAGAUAUAAUUUACCGGACAAAUUUAACACAUUUCAAAAUGAAUAUGCCAGGAAAGAAGGAUCCAAUUAUUUAGUUAAUAAUUCUUCUUCCUUCACGGAAAGGGAGACAACUGUGACUGUUUGUGCUGAAAAUAUUACCAACACUAGUGAUCACCCUUCUACCUCUGAUAGAAAUAAAGCUCAUGGUGAUAAUAGAAAUAAAAAUAGUAAUACAGCAGUGAAUUCAAAAUGGGGAAUGUUUGCUGAGAAUGAUAUAUCUUCACAUGAUGAUGAAACAGACUCCUCUCAAAUACCACCUGACGAAUUGUACGAUUCAAGACCUUAUUUGACCUUUGACCCAGAAGAAAUUGAAAACCCAAAUGAAACGGUACCAGUCAAGCUAGAAGAAGCAUAUGAUAAUUUAUAUGAGUUGAACCAGGAAGUAAGUGACACAAGUCUAACAAAACCUGAUGGCAAAUUCAAGAGUUGUGCAGAUAAACCAUUGCAUAAUUCUUCCAAAUGGUCUGGAUUUCUAGCCACUGAAAAUACUGCAAACCAUUCUGAAGCUGGAACCUCCAAUAAAUGUACUGGUUUAAACAACUAUAAGAAACUUACACACAGUGUUGACCAUCAACGUGAUCAAGGGCAUAAUAAAUCAUCUAAAAGGACAUAUCAUUUUGGACCAGAUCAUAAUGUUAAAGUUGCAUAUGAUCGGCAAACUGGUGAAAGUCCCAAAGAUGCUGAGAAAGAAAACUCCCUUUUAAGUGGCAAAAAAUCGAAACGGGAAGCAAUAAUUGGCACCGAGUGUGAGGACAAGUUUAGCGUUGAUAAUAAAAAGAAGACUUACACUCAAGGUUCUGUAGCUAAACUUAAAGUUGGACAGGAGUUUAAUGAGAAUAGUUUAAGUUAUAAAAAAGGUGACAGGAGAGGUGAUGUAGGUAACAUUAGUAAAUUGGAUGAAACUGAAAAUGUUGCCCCUGUAUUUACUACAGGAGAAUUGGAUGAUGCAGACUUUGAACUUUAGAGUUAUGUUAGUAAAUAGAUUAUUAUUUAAGAAAUUUUAUAUUUAAUAUUUGAAAAAUUGAACAAGAACAAUUAAUGCUCUAUUUUUGCUGUUAGCUGAUUGUUUUGUUUGGAACUAUUAACUUUUGUACUAUAUGUUUUUUUCUUUUAACUGUUACUUAUUACAAUAAAUAAUGAUAAAUUUUAUAAGAUUAGAAUAGAACUUCUUUGUAAAAAAUAUUAUAAGUAUAGUAAAAAUACAUAAUGAAAAUGUAUUAAAUGAAGUGGUCUUGAAUACAGGCAAAUAUUUUAAGAUGUAUUCCUUUAACCAGAAGGAUUGAAUGUUUAAGCAUUACUGGAGUUAUUUUCUUUUGGUUCUACCAGGAUCUUUCAAAUUUCUAUUUGAAAGACCCUGGUUUAACCAGCACUGGUUAGGUUAGGAGUGAAAUAAGUUUUGUAACAAUCAGGCUGUUCCAAAUAAAGUUUAAACUUAUCAAGUCUGUUAAAAAUGACAUCAUUUUGUUAGUAAUUUUAAAGUUUAUUUACAUUUGUUGGGCACUUAUAGUAUGACAGAAAUAGAGAGAAAUAGAGGUAAUUAAAUGAAUAUAGGUUUAUAUUGGAUAAAAUAAGUUGAGUAAAAUUAUACUAGCAUAAGCAAUAGGAAGAGCAUCAAACCACAAGCUUUCUGAUUUGUACGAGGGGGCGUAGCCCCCCCCCCCCCC